AUGGCUCUCGUUUCUUGUAAGUCACUGAAUAUUGAUUUUUAGGCAAGCAAUUUUAAACAUACUGUAUUUCAGCUUCUGGUCAGCAACUUGUCGCCAGCGGGUUUCCGGCGCAAUCGAUUCAAAGGCUAUCAAACCUCAUGGUACGUGACAUCGUUUGUCAAAGAGUGAAUAGCCGAUAAUUGUGUUUUUCAGGCGCCAACGAUGGUUUUACAAGGACAUGAAGGAGAGCUCUACACAGGAGUGUUCAGUCCAGAUGGAACUUGUCUGGCCACCAGUGGAUACGAUCAAAAGGUACGUUUCUAACUACAGAGCAAUUGGUUAGAUUGAUUCUGUCUCAUUCCUCCUCUUCUUAGCAGCACCAGCAGUUUUUACGAUUCUUUUCCAGAUUUUCCUCUGGAAUGUGUACGGAGAAUGCGAAAACUUCUCGACAAUCCGAGGCCACAGCGGCGCCGUCAUGGACCUCAAGUUCAGCACCGACUCCGGCUACCUGAUGUCGUGCGGCGUGGACAAAAGCGUUCGCGUCUGGGACAUGGAGACGGGAGCAUGCGCGAGACGCUUCAGAAGCCACACCGACAUUGUCAACGCUGUCCAUCCUUCUCGUCGUGGAGUCUCACUGGUCGCAUCGGCAAGUGACGACGGAACGGCCCGUGUGCACGAUCUCAGAACCAAGGAGCCCGUGAAGACGUAUCCGAACCGAUACCAACAGACUGCCAUCACUUUCAACGACAGCACCGACCUCGUGAUCUGCGGAGGCAUCGACAACGUGUUGAAGGUGUGGGACAUGCGUCGUGACGAGAUCACUUACACUCUGGCCGGACAUCGCGACACCAUUACCGGAAUUGCGUUGUCGCCGAGCGGCAAGUUCAUCAUCUCCAACUCGAUGGACUGCUCCCUCCGCCAGUGGGACAUCCGUCCGUUCGUGCCCGGACAGCGUUUCGUCGGAGCCUUCGGUGGACACAACCACAACUUCGAGAAGAAUUUGCUGAAGUGUGCUUGGUCCCCGUGUGAGAGAUUCGUCACUGCCGGAUCCUCGGAUCGUUUUGCCUACGUCUGGGAGACUUCCACUAAAAAGAUCGCCUUCAAACUGCCAGGACACAUGGGAAGCGUCAACUGCACCGAUUUCCAUCCGAAGGAGUCUAUCAGUAAGUUAUUGCUAUUUUGAUUGAAUUGCAUCAAGGACAACGUCAGAAUUAAUCUUUUUUCAGUGCUCUCGUGCGGAAGCGACAAACGUAUCUUCCUUGGUGAACUGGACAUGAGCUAA